AUGGACACUGUUGUAGAACUUGAACAGAAGCGAGUAUGCCGUGUGAUGAGCGGGAAAAGGGGAAGAUUUACGGUGGAAAAUUUGAACCACGUGCGCUGUGCCCUGAUCUCGGAUAGCGAAAACCUUGGCCUUCUGGAAAAGGCCACAACGUCAGCCCAUUAUGACGAGGCAUCGAAAACGAUGAUGGCCAGAUUAACGUUGAACAUGAAAGAGACGCAGAAGAAGAAUUCCGAGGCCAACUAUUUGAUGGACGUUGUCGAGACAUACGUCGACGAAUGUGAUUGCAUAAACUUCAACGACACCUUUAAUUCCCCUCAUGUAAUAAUAUUCGCGCUGAGCACCGAUGACAAAUCGCAGGCUUUGAAAAGGAUAGAAUUCGUCAGAAGAAAGAUAGAUUCACAGGAAUGGAUUUGUCCAGUGAUUCUGCUUGCCUACCGCUCUCCCGACCGCGGAUCCACUCCAUACGACGUCAUGAAACAGUUAAAGGAGUUAUCAAGGAAUUCGAAAGUUUUUCGCUGCAUGGAAUCAACUGGAUUAGGAAAGAGCCUACUACGGCACUGCUUUGCGGUUGCUCUGAUGGCUGCACGUCCUUUUCUGGCUACAACCAGAGCAGAAAACGACGUCUGCAUUGACGAUGGAAUGGAAAAGCGACGUGAAAAAUUGCCUCGGAAACCGAACAUGGAAGAGAAAAUUCCUAGUAUCGACAUUUUGCAGAAUAAGUCUCCUUUCAAAAAGUCAUGUAGAAUUCAAUAA